AUGCUUGCAGCUCGUCGAUUCAUCCACAAGACCAUUUCCGCAAUGACUGCCGCUUCUGUUUACGAUUUCAAGAUGAAAGACGCCGAUGGCAAGGAGGUCGGGCUCGACAAGUACAAGUUCGUUUCAAAUUUCCGUUUCUCCCUGAGUUGAUUGAUAUCUUGUGUGAGGGAUUUCCGCUUAAGAGAGAUCUUUUCUAAACUUGAAUUCGGUUUCUAGAGGCAAAGUGCUGAUUAUCGUUAAUGUUGCUUCACAGUGCGGACUCACGAACUCCAACUACACACAAUUCAAAGAACUUCUGGACAAGUUUAAUAUUCUUUUGUUUUUUGUAAACUCUACCUUUAGGUAUAAAUCGGAGGGUCUGGAGAUCGCCGCUUUCCCAUGCAAUCAAUUCGGAAACCAGGUUUGAUUUCACAUGUUUUCAGAAAAUUCUUACGUGAAUUGCAUUUUAUUCCAUGGUUUACGGUCGGAAAAAUCACUAAAAAGGCGGAGAACAAAUUGAAAAGAAUAAAAAUAAAGAAAAUAUUCUGUCUAUUUUUCAAUUAUUCCAUGAAAACGGAAAAAGGAGAUUCAAUUUCGCUAUGAGAGAUGAACACACAUUUAGAUUCAAUUUGAGGAUAUCUGUUCAAAAACGUAAAAAAGUACACUUUUUCUCAAUGUUGAUUCCAGGAACCAUCAUGUGAGAUUGACAUCAAAUCGUUCGUCAACGACAAAUUCAAGUUCGAGCCGGACCUUUUUUCGAAGAUCGACGUGAACGGCGACAAGGCUGAUCCACUGUACAAGUUUCUCAAAAGCCAGAAGGUUUUCAGUCUCUUCAAUACGUGUUUACUUUUGUCUUCUUUCAGGGAGGCACUCUUAUCGACGCCAUCAAGUGGAACUUCACCAAGUUCCUCGUCGACCGUGAUGGAAACGUAAUCAAACGGUUUUUCCCUCAUAUUUUCGAUUAUAUUGUUUUGCGGAGUUUUUUCCAUUACUAGUAUACAGUUUUGAACUGGUCACUUCCGAAAUUUCAGCUUCGGCCCGACUACCGAGCCCAAAGACAUGCUGAAAGACAUUGAAGCGGCUCUGAAAUCACCUGCCAAAAUGUAAAUACCCCAAUUAUUUUAUUCUCUCAUUCGUUGUGAUCCAACUCCUUUUUCUAAAUGUAUAUACGAGCUCUGGAAUAAAUAAAGCAUUAGUUUCGAAAAAAAAAUUUUGAGUCACAAAUGUCCGUUGAUACGCAAGGGUUGGCUUAUUUUGAUGAAUAAAAAUCACAAAUUUUUUUCCAGGGUACCAGGUGUAUGGAACGUUUUUUUAGGGAAUGACUCCAGAUUUUGAGGAGAAAGUUCAAGAGUUCUUUGAGAAAAUUGGAGAUUUUGAUGAGCUCCCGCACAGUUUUGAUGACACUCUAAUCGAGAGGCUCAAAAUUUGCUUUGAUAGAAACAAGCUCCGGCGAAGGUUCGCGCAUUUUUCACAAAUAAAUAUUUAAAUUUGUCUUGUUUCGAUAAACGACGGGAAGCAUGUUACUCAAAAAGGAACAUAAUUUCUUUUGCGGUUGGAAAUUUUCUACUUGACUCGGAUGCGUAAAAUGAAUAUACUUGAAAAAUUUUUCUAGAAUAGUAAGUUUUAGUUUUUCAGAUUUUGCAGAUCUUUAUUUCAAGUUAAAGAAUAUUCUGGCAAGCUUUUCCCCAUCGCAAAGUAAAAAAAAAACUUUUUAACAUUUGAUUCGACCAAAUGUGUCGAUGAGACCUAGCUGGCAUUGAAAGCGUUUUCAAAAUCUCAGAUGUCAGAAUGGAGUCAGUGAUAGAACAAGAGAUGAGGAAACUGAACUCCGGGUCGAACUGCAUGCCUCUGAGGUUCUGGCUGGAGCUGGUCAACUGCAUGCUCGCAAAAAAGGUUGACUUCAUGCGGUUGUGAAGGAAGACAUCUUGUUCUAGUGUAUUUCGAACCCGAGGAAAGUCAGCGAAUUCGUCGUCGACUCGCUGCAGGAGCUUCUCUCGCAAGGACGACCGCCCAUCGUACUCGGAAACCUCGUCGAGCUUCUCAGUCACGUCCUUCCUGAGCGCGAAAUCUCCGACUGGGCGGGUGCGUCGUUCUCGAAUAUAAUUAAUGUUAGACGUCUGAAAGACUCUUUAUUCCAAAGAUUAUAGUCUUUUCAGGUUUUGAAUGUCAAGCCAUCGCUGAAACUCCGCCCCUUAUGCGUAGGUCAAACCAAUCAGAGAGGGAGCCAUCCACAGAGCGUUGUUGGGGACGAAUUUUGCUGCUUGACAUUCAAAAUCUGAACACACUAUAGCUGAUUUUUGUCUAUUAAUAUGAUUUUUGAUAGUUUACACGGAACCAAGGCCAAACUACUUAUUGAAUGUAGAUAAAAAAUGCUAUCGAAACUCCGUUUCUUUUGUUAAGAGGUCACCGACUGGGCGGUGGAAACUUUGAACACGCCGUCCUCCAGCCUCUUUCUGCUGAAAGGCGUCGUGAAUUAUUUGAAAAAGAUGGCCGCCAACGGGGAUUCUUCUCACGUUUCCCGAGUCGUCGACAUUUGCUGUCAAAGGGCACGUCGAAUAUUUCAAUGUAGUCCAUCGAGUGAACUUCAGAUGACCCAAGUGACUCCUCCGCCUAUGGCUUAUGUUAAUUUGCUGACGGAAUUCCUCAAAGACUACGCCGUCGGCGGUUUUUUCAACUUGGAAACGAGCCAAAAAGUCGUGAACUCGAUUCAGCGUUACAAAAGAAAAAUAAACGACAGCAUGCUUGAAAUCCUCGUCGAAACUAUAAGGUAUAAAUAAUGCCAGAAUCGAAAAAAUCGGUAAUGUAUGUGCCCUCCUUCCCCUCACCUGCUCUUUGCAUUGCUUUCUGAUCGCGUCGGUGAGGGAAAAGAGAUCGCAGACAGGUCAGACUGUUUGAGGUCGUGGCGAAUGUGUUAUGCCACGUCCGGACGCGUCCUAGGGAUUCUGAGGCCUCCAGACUAUUACACAUCAAAAAAUUGAAUUUUCCCUACAGAAAGUAUCCAGCUAUCGAGUUGAACUUUUGGCCGGAAAACUGGGAAAACGAGUCAAAUCGCAUCGAAAGUUUUGUUUUAUUUUUUGCCAGGUUUGUCUUCGAGGACUUUUUUUUAAAAAUAAAACCUGUUUAAAUUUUAUUUCUCGAUUUCCAGCGACCUUUUGAGCGACCAAGAAGCUCCAUACGUUGCAGAAGUCGUUUCUUCCAAGUUUAUGACUGCAUUAUUCUUCAGUUCCCUAAUUUCCAAACUCGAUGAGAAGGUGAGUGAUAUAGAUUUUUUAGAAAUUGAAUAAAACAAACAUUUUCUUGUUAGUCAUAGUCUCUUACUGGGAAGCUUAUUUCAUAUUCUACUUUUUUAAUAUUUUUUCUGCAUUCUUCAAAUUAAAAGCACAAUGCCAAUCUAAUAUUUCUGAACGAAUCAAAUAAACUGAAAAGCAAGGAAAAAAUAAAUAGAUUUUAGGCUUUGGAAAAAUAUCUGGAUGUGAUUCUGAACAAUACGCCGUCCAUAAAGGAGUCGGACUACGGAUACGAGUUAUUAGUGAGGUAAUUGAAUAUCAAAGAAGAGAGGAUUUCGAUUUUUUCAGUGAGCUUGACAAACGAUCUUUGCCGUUUGCCGCGCAUUUCUUGCGAAAAUCGCCUCGAAAAUUAUGGGUAACUCAGUUACCCAACAAAUUCAAUUAAAGGAAAAUCUUAUAGAAAAACAAGAACAUUUUGAAAAAUUUGAAAACGCGUCACGGCGAGGAAGUUCUUGAGCAGUUUGAUAUGAACGACUUGAAGCUCAAAAUAGCCGACUUCGUCUCUAAAUGCUACUUUAUUUGCUGGAAUGACAUUCUUAUGAUUACUUUCAGGUUUGGAAAGUUCGGAGUGGGAAGAAAAAGACACGGGAUUAGAAAUCGGCAGUAUUUUUUCCUGUUUCUUGCCUUCUCGUGGUGAUAUUUAUUCUCACUUUUUCGAGAAUUUUUGAAUCUGUACAGAAACUCUUCUCGAGUUUGUCAAGGACAAUCAAUCGCCGUACGUACAGCAAACGGCCAUGAAAACCUUAAGAGAUCACUUUGGCGGGGUUCCAAUUGAGGCGGCAAAAGAGAUACUUUUGACGAGCUCCGAGCCAACGGCAAGGUAUUUCGUGAGCUACGAAUCUGUUUCAGCGCAAAUAAACGAAAAAAAGCAAAAUUUCGGAAUUUAGUUUUUGAAAACUUCACCUGCCCCUUUUUUUCAAAGCUAUCGCUUUUUUUCGCACAAAUUUUCUCCUGCCUACUUCGGCAUAUUUCACAUGACGAUCUUAAGAGAGGAAGCUAUGAAAUCUCUUGCUGAGUGUGACGCUCUGGAAGAAGAUGACGUGAUCGAAAUUUUGAGCACAUGCCUGGAAGAGGACAACCAUUUUCUCAAGUUCAAGGCCGUUGAGGUCGCAGAAAGACUUCUGAACGGAAAGUUCCGCAAUUCGGAACAUCUCAAAGCACUGCUUCUGGAAAAAACAAAUGUCUGUUAUUCUUUCAAAUCUUUUAUUUAUGGGGAAACGCUCAAAGAUUACAGGACGCUGAGGUAGGCAACGUCGUCCGUGGGAUCCUCGGAAUGUCGUCACUUGAAGUCGUUCAGAUGGAGACGCCUCUGCAGAUCAUCACCCAAAUGGUCGACUCCCUUACAUUGAGACGUCCAGCCGACGAUACAAUGGACUGCUACUGA